AUGAAGCUGCGCAGGCGGAAGAGCGGCGACGUCAGGAAGAUUGAGAUUGGCGACGACAGCAGCGAGGAAGACGAGGACAACGAGUACACGGAGGCGAGGAAGAAGACGUAGAUGUACUGUGUCUAGGGUACCACCUAGAUGUGGAUUCUGUAAACCGUUGGGGGACGGCCAACGAGGCAGAAGGUUAGUGGGGGGCCGCGGUAUGUGGGGGAGAAUUGGAGAAUCAAGCGCAGACGAGGUGUCGUGUGAGAUGAGACGAGACGAUUCCCAUUGUGUGUGGCGGGCGAGUCUAGGCGUUCGGCACGUCGAGUCGGCAGAGGGGUGAACUGCAUAAAGCAGUUAAUUAAUGACAAGUUCCAUCC